UUGAAGAUGGCCAGUGAAUUCACUCUCUGUCCAGCUUGUGGAAAACUCUUCGUGGAUCCUGUUACCUUGAACUGUUUUCAUACUUUCUGUUUGAAAUGCAUGACAAACACUAAAGGAAAAUACAUUUGCUCUCUGUGUGACAAAGAGCAAAGUCAAGAAGGACAAAAUUGCUUCAAAAAAGACAAUUUUAUGGAAACAUUUUGUGACGUCAUUAGGAUGGAAAGAAAGCUCAGUGACGUAUGUUUUUCUUGUAGCGAAUCAAGUGCUGUGAAUUACUGUUUUAACUGUCAGAAAUCCUAUUGUGUAGAUUGUUCUAAGCAACAUCAAUUAGAAUGUAAUAAUACACAUAAAAUCUUACCAUUUACUUCUGUUCUCGAAUGUGGAUUUGAUAGAAGGAAAUCUCAGCCGGAUUCAUGUGGAAUUCAUCAUUUGGAUGUUUCACAAUUUUGUAUGACAUGUAAGAAACUCGUAUGUGGGGAUUGUGUGAUCUCGGGUCACAAAGGACAUUGGUGUCUUCCUACCCAGAAAGCUCUGACACAGUGUGCUACUGACAUAAAGAGAACAGCAAAAUCCUUGAAGAAUUUCCAUCAACAGAUUCACAAACAAACAAUGCUUGUGUUGGAGUAUUUAUCACUAGAAGAAAAAAGAAUUGAAAUUGAAAUUAAGCUUAUGUUUGAAAGUAUACGAAAAGUGUUAGACGAAAGAGAAAAACUAUUAAUCGAGAACAUUAAACUUGUAUUUGACAAGGAGAAGAAAAUUUUAGAAGAGCAAGAAAAAACUUCUUCCAAAAUGUGUUCCUCCGCAUCCGCUGCAAGUUCGAAGCUAACAUUCAUUAACAAGUAUGGCACUGCCACAGAGAUGUUGUCCUAUCACUCCAAGGUCAAAGACAGUGAACUAUCGACAUACAUCGAGUCCAAUGUGCAACUACUCCCAAAAGCUGUCGUGUAUCAAUCAUCCUCAUUGAUGUCUGAAAUUGACACUCUUCUUGAAAGAUUGAAUUGCGCCAUCUCUUACCAGAGAGGAGACUAUGUGAAGCGAUUAUUGAACAGUUGCAGUGACCGGCUUAAGGACACUUGCUCAAACAAGGGAGACGGAUAA